UUUCAACACUACUAUAUAACAAAUAAUUUGAGCAAUGGUUAUCCAUGCUUGCAAGGCGCUUAGUCGCUAUUGGAUAUGUCUGUUCCCGUAACCUCAGUUUUUAUGACACCCGGAGUAAAGGUCCUGAUAUGUCAAAAGAUACCUUGUUUGAUGAAAACUUUGAGGUGCGGGAAGAGCUCUACUUGAAAAAAGUUAAUCCAGUUCUUGAGUUCACAGUUUCACGGUGGUGGAAAUUCAAAAUGCAUAUUCAAAUACUUUUCGGGGGCAAGGUUCCAGAGAUUAAAUCACCUCAAGAAGUCAAAGAAUGGAAUGAGCUGAUGUAUCGACUAGAAGAAGUUUACUUAGAGAUACCUCAAAAAAUGCCAGAUCAACAAUGGUUUCACGAUCUUAUAGAUCACUACACCAAGUACAAUGAUUAUGAAGGGGCACUAGACUGUUUUAAAUGGUUUGACGCUCAUGAUAUUUGGAUAAACAUGGAUCAGGAUGUUAUGGAUAAAUUUGAACUGUUCUUUGAAAUGAACGAUCCAAAAUCUUUGACUCAGUUAUCAGACCAUCAGCAACAGCUUAGGGAGGAGCUACAAUUGAAAUUCAAAGAUAUGGACAAUAAUCCAGAGAGGUGGUAUAAAAAGAGACAGGUUGCUAUCGAUAAUGGCCGCAAGCGAGGUGAUUUGUUACCUGAAGGUGACAGAAUCUACAGUGGAGGAGGGUAUUAACUUGUUUACUGAUCAUUUUAAUUUCCUUGCUUGCAACCUUUGAACAUAUAUACUGAUCAUGUUAGAGAGAUAAAAUUAAACCAAUUGCAUCCAGCUUUUUAAGACAUUGCCCAAUGCCCAAUCUUUGUAAAUUAUAAAUACUGAUUAUAAAUUAAGUUUACGUUUUUUUACUUCGAGAUCGUUUUUAUGAUUUGCAAUUUAAUUGUGUUGAUGAUAAAUCUGAAAUUUAUAACCUCACAUUUUGACGAGAUUUAUCUUAAUUCAUUAAUACUGAAUUUACAUAUAAUAUAUAUAUAAUGAUCUAGAUCAUUUCUCAUCUUCACACAACUUUAGUUAACGCUAUCUAUGUAACACACUGCUAAGAGGAGAUGUCGCUGCUAAGGACACUAGUGAAAACAGUGCGACCAGGGCUUGCAUGUGUUCCAGUGAGGACUAUAAGAGCUAAACCCAAGUAUUACCACCCUGCUGACCCUGAUGCUGAUGAGGAACAGAAGUUCAAUGAGGAGUUUGGGUUAGCAGAGCCCAUUCCAGACACCUGGGGUGUUAGUAAGAACGAACCGUGGUGCUGGAUGUUUGAUCCUUUCUAUAAAGCUAAAACUAGGUUUUGGAGUUUGUUUGGAUCGCCACUUUACUUAAGACAGUCUGAUCAAGAGAAAGCUGACUCAGCCGUUCUGACGGACAGAUUGCAGGAGUUUUACAAGUCAAUACCUCAGAGUUACCCUGACCGAGAUUGGUGGCAUGAUUGUAUUGAUCAUUACGUCCGGUACAACGAUUUUGACGGAGCUGUAAGAAUGUGGCACUGGCUUAAGGAAUACGAACUUGACGUUGAUCAGGCAGUACUGGAUAAAUUCGACAGGUUCUUCAUCGAGAACGAUCCUAUUGGUUUCAUGACGAAAAGUAUUCCUGCGCAACUUCGAGAAGAAGAUGAAUACAUGCCCAAGUAUCCUGAGUUGAUAAAUGACAAUCUUAUGAGAAUAGGAGAGUAUGGCAUUGAACCAGAGGCUUGAAUAAGUUACUUAAACUAUUUCAGUUGCAGUGGUUCAAUGAAGCUUUUCAUAAGACUCUUUAAAUACGCCUUUACUGAAAUGUGCCAAUCUAGUUCGCUACACGGAAGUUUUAAUUAAUGCAUUUAACUAGUGAAUUAUCAAAAUUCAUUAAUCACGGUUAAUUAACUUAUUCCACUAAUCGUUUCGGUUUUAAAAUAUUGAUAACUUUUUCAAAUUGUUCUUUAUCUGAGACUUGGGAAGUUAACAUCCGGAAUAAUUUAGAGUCUGGACAGUGAGUGGACACUAAUAAAUAUCAUCAUAUUGAUUUAAGUUAUUGAUGAGUUUCUACAUAAAACUUGACUAUUAUUAUCCGUACUUGUUGUAAAUUUACUCAACCCUUAAAGACUGACUACCAACCAAUGAUCUUGGUUUAAAAUCAAACUAAUUAUACAACUUACUGCCACUUUCUAUCACUGCUUAAUUAACACAAUACCACUAUAAUGUAGAUGUAAGAUGAUGAGUGCCAGUGCAUUACGUACCCUAGCCCGGCCUGUAGCAGGUCUCCUUGCUAGACGGACUCUUACUCCUACUGUAUCCAGGUUCCUUUCUGAUAAUGCUCCUAAUGAUUUUUACAAGACCCACAAAGCGAGAGAUGUUAUAAUACGACGUGAGGAUGAUGAGGCCGAGUGUAAAACUUACCCAGAUGUUGACAGACUUGAGAAGUUUGGUCAAUAUGUCGCAUCAAUUCUUCCCAAAUACGUACAGGAUGUACGGAUGACCUCUAUCAAUGAGCUAGAAAUCCUAAUUCACCCAGAAGGUAUAGUACCAGUAAUGGGAAUGUUAAAAGACCACACCAACGCUCAAUUUAAAGCGCUGAUGGAGAUAACGGCAGUGGACGUACCGUCGCGGCCUUACCGGUUUGAACUGGUAUACUGUCUGUUGUCGCACCACUACAACGCGCGCUGUAUUGUCAAGUCAUACACGGAUGAGCUGACGCCGGUAGAUUCGGUCACUGCGCUCUACAAAUCUGCUGACUUCGGGGAACGGGAGGUGUGGGAUAUGUUUGGCAUUUUCUUCUCUGGACAUCCUGACCUCCGAAGGAUUCUCACUGAUUACGGGUUUGAAGGACAUCCUUUUAGGAAAGACUUCCCUCUUACCGGUUAUACUGAGGUACGGUACGAUAACGAAUUAGCGCGUGUUGUCUACGAACCAGUCGAAGUAGCCCAAGAAUUUAGAAAGUUCGAGAUGGACACUCCGUGGGAACUAUUCCCAAACUACCGGGAAGCUCCCGAGCAUUUGUUGGAAGCAGCGGCACAGAAGGCAGCCGAAGCUGCAGAGAAUGAUGAAAAGAAAUGAAAUUAGGGUUUUUCUAGUUAUCAUAAUGAUUGAUUAUAAUUUAUUUUGAGCUGGUUGCUACAUGUGGUUUGACUUGAGCUCCUGAUCACGACCCUGAUAUAAAGCCUGUCCUUUUUGGAAUUAAUAUGUACAUACGGUAUAGUGCUAAGAUAUGAGUAGUAGUACGUAUAGUGUAUAGUGCAAGUGAUGAACUACAUUUUUGUAGAACUUUAUGCCACUUUUGUAUGGUUUCAUCACAUUUUCUGAACUAAUGUUGAUAUGAUACAACACAA